ACCCUUAACGAGCUAUCAUGAUGAUGUCGACGAAUGUCUUUGCUGUGCGCCGGCGGUGACGGAUCGCUAAAGUGCUGGCACUCCAAUGUUGGACCUGUCUCAGGUCUUAGUGCUUUUGCUAUCUAUCAGUAGGAAUAUCAUUUGUUCUAUGCGAAUCCCACAGCCCACUGCUCCAGAAUGAUGGUUCUUAGGCGACGAUGUCUUUCGCCGCAAUAAUUAUUAAACCUAGCGCGUGAAAUCAAUCUCCCGAUGUUGCUCUACCGGUUCAUCUAUAACAGAGUUGUCUCGCGACAGCUCUGCUCACCAAAAUUCCACGCAGGCAACGCUCUAACCUAGGAAACGUGUCUGUUCUUACCCAUCAUAUGGUACACUAGCAACACCGAUCCUGACACACCGACACGGAGACGCAUCACACGAUAUUGCAAAAAAGUGCAUAGUACUGGUUUUUCGUUGUGAUAAGCCAAUUUUGUCGUUCAUUAUGUGUUCGUUUAAGUCUACUUAUCUUUAGCUAGGAGGAUGGCAGUAUUCGUAUUUAUCAUCUUCACUUGUUCAUGGCUUUAGAUGUGUAUAGGUGUACUUAUUCGUUACAUAUUCGCACAAUCAGCAUGCUGAAAAAGAAUGGGCUCAAAUCGACGCAAUGAGUAACGCUUAUCGUUGAACAACAGUUGUUAUUUGAUCAGCGGACGGGAGCAGACAGAAGGCCGUUAUAGUUCUAAGGAAAUCGACACAUUAUCGAAUAGACGGAUGACGGCCUUCGACGACAGCCGACACUACAGCGGUCGACCGCAAUCGGAGCGGCGUAGUGCCACAGCCAACGUCACGGCGACAGAGGACAACGGCAAUGUUGCUUCAGUUACUCCUCUUUUUGUAGGAAUCUGUAAACGAAGUUGCUACAGCUGUUGGUACUGAUUAGAUUAUCCAACAAGUAGAUGUUGGCGAAAAGCAUGGGAAUGAGUUCCACAUUGACUAUUCCUAGGGUCUUGGAGAUAAUUGAGAGCACGAAUCGUUGGACGAUGCCUUGUAGGGACGAUAAGCCAUGAAAAACAAAUCCAUCAAACGAAGUGUUUAUACUUAAAGACGCCCAGUGCUAACAGGAUGCGUUUCUAGUUUCCUUGAAUUUAAUUUAACGAACAGCUUUAAUAUGUCAGCAAUAAAUUAACUCCUUCAUUUAUUUCGCAGCGAUUCCAUUAUAUGCUUGUACAAUAUAUAUAUAUAUAUAUGUCUGUAUAAAGAGUGUGACCUGUAGUCGAUCAAGUUAUAAGAUAUAGACAACAUAUUCUUUUUUGUCUGCAAUGUUGUAAUUUUAUUGUUGCGAAUAUUGUAGAAAGCUUAAUCAAGGUGCUGGUUUUGGAUAGGCAAGUAAGGAUUGAACUAAGUAACAAAAGCAGCACUUCCCGUAGUGACCAAUCUAGUAGUAGACAUUUUCUGAAAAUGCCAAUCUGAUUAACUGCUAAAGCACUAGCAAGAUGGUUCCUGCAGGUGAUGCAGCUUAGGUGACGUAAACUGCCACGGUAGAUUUGGUAUGGUACGACCAUGUCGUUAAAAUCGUCCACCAAGAGAACCGUGUGCUUGCUUUAUUCACUUAUUAAAUCUUUUGUUUUCCUUAUAGCUUAUAUAACAACUUCUUCGUAAGUAUCCCGAAGUGGAGACGAGUUACAUAAGUGCUAAUAAGGCAACAAGCAAAACAACUCUGAAGAUCGUUGAUUGUUUUGUAUAAACGCUUUCAACGCGAAAAUAUCAUUUAGCAUUUAUGAUAAAAAAAAAAAAAAUAAUUCAGUCAAAAAGAACACUGGCUGUUGGUCAAAUCACGAAAAGUGGUGCCGGUGUUAAGAUUUUGACAAUGCACAAUUUGUGUCGUAUGCUAUUACGGGUCCACCGAACGCUUACAUGGCGUAUUUCUGUUUUCUUUUUAUCUACAAGAUCAAACAAAGAACAGGUAAAAACCUCAGAUGCCGUUAAUUAUAUCCAGUUCGGGGCAUCCAUGUAUCUCAUCAUGACUAACGGUAACGUUUAAAAAUUGAAAGUGCUUUCAGUUGUCCGAAAUACUACUUUUAUGAGUCGACAGCUUAAAAGAAGGUGCCCACGUGCUUUCACACACCCUUAUUCAAAUUCCCGUUUUUCUAUUUUUAUCAACUAUAUAGACAUCUGAACGAUUUAGUUCUUGUGCUAAUUUUACCUUUACGGGGUACUGCCAACGGCUUUAGUAUUAAAGGGAAAAAAAAGUCACAUGUAUAUGUAAAUAGACGGAGCAAGUAGUUUGUGAUUGUGGGCUAAUCAGGUAGCUAGGUCCUGCACGAGGAAGUGUUAGGUCUCAAACUCACGAACAGUAUCGACGCGCUUAAAAUUAAACUGAAAACAGGCAACCAAUUGAUUUUAUAUCCUUUAAAGUGAGAAGUGUUAUUAAAAUAAUGCCGCUAAACAUUCCUAUUGCCUGUAGUUUACUAGACAUUUGUUGUUUAGCCACUAAACGUAUUUGGGAAACACUUAAUUGUUAUUGGUUUCGUGGUUUUGGCCGUUUUGAAACGUUCAUGGGCGAUAAGAAUUUGUAUAUUAUUCCUGCUUGAGACUGGUGACGAUGACUAUGAACAUUCAACUUCGGUAAUGCACCGUUUUAUUGAAACUUGCCGACCCGCUUAAAUUUUAGUAGCAAAAAACGUACAAAAGCAACGGUUAUGACAGUGUUAUCUAAAGACUGUAUUAAAUGAUAACAGCGAAGAAUUGAGCACAUUGAGCCUUAAGAAUGAGAAAACAAGGCAUAUUGUAUGACACGCAUAAGAAAAUAGAAGCAUACGCUGAAAAACAGACUAUAACCAUAAAUAUCGUCAAUUACUGGAGUCAUUAGUCGCACUUGGAAAAUAAUAGAACAACAACAAAAACAGUUUAGCAAAGAACGUAAAAAUAAUCGAAGACUAAUUAUGCAGUGCAGACAAAUUAUUCCCAUUAGCGUCUGUCUAUCUCUGUGAAAUAAAUUAACAAUAUAUCUAUUCUCUGCGUUCUGUUCGAUUUUUGCCUUUAGGGGGAUGGGUGACUUGAGUAUCGCUAUCGUUGUUGUUGUUGUUGUUGGUGGUGCAGAAGUUACAGCAGUGUCUGCCCCCGAAGCACCGCCACGGGCGGCCCCAGAAGUCGGAAUAUCGGAAUGCCAAAGCUGAAGUGUGCCCUUUGUACGCACCGGGUGCUGCCCGGCCCCGUCGACUUCGUGGCGCACGUUCGGCUAGCCCACUGUCACCGCGGCGCUGGGCCCGCUUCCGGCUUUGAGUGUCAUUAUUCGUCCGGUAGCCAACUGUGUGCCGUGCUAAAGGAUACGGCACAUUUUGAGGCACAUGUACUCAACGUGCAUCUGGCGUGUACUACGCCAGACGAGCCGGAUGUCGCAGCGGCAGCCGGUGGAGCAACGUGGAGUGUCUACGAUUGCACGCAAAACUUACCUGCUCUCCUCAAUGAUCCCGGUAGAAAACGAGGAAAUGAUUUUUUUACGAAGACAUGGGGAGACGCUUUUAUUGAACCUCAGCAGGUGGAGCCGUGCAAAUUUUUACCAAUUGUUAAGCGGGCCUCGUUCGAAGACUACCUCGAGCGAACAAAAACACGGUGGCAGCGUCGUGCGCGGAACGGUCAAAUUCAGAAACCAAAGGAAGAGUCGGGUACGAUCCCGGCGGAGAAACGCAAACAGAAGAGCCCCAAGAAACAACCGCUCGAGCUUACCAUCGAGCAAGUACCCAGCAUAUUUUUUAAACCGAAUUUUGAUUUAUCGGACCCUGAAACGUUCACAGCUGUUCUGGGCUGUGCCGAAGAGGUCAAAGAAGUUAAGGAGAAGUUUUCACCGAUCCGAGAAAGGCAUCCCAAAAAGAUCAGCGUAAACACUAAUGAACACCUGAGUAGAGAGGGUGCAGUGACAAACUAUAAUAGUGGUUCAAAUAGUAAUGUAUCGUCAAGCAGUGCUCUAGGAGAGACUGGACGUCAAGCAGUGCAGGAGCGAUUGGGUCAGUUGACGGACCUUGUCGAGGUACGCCUGAUUAAGCACAUUUCACAGCACUCGGACGCCUUCUUUGACGCGCUGACUUCGCAAGACGAACUCGCUGACAGAAUGGCUGCCACUCUUUCUUCUAUCACAGCCAUGAGACAGCGAAUAGCUGAAAUCGAGGAACAAUUGGUAAAAGAGCCCCUUCGAGUUCUUCAGCUGCAUCAACGGCGACAAAACAUCCUAUCGGUGGUUGAUAAACUGGAACUUAUGCUUAACGUCCACCAUGCACAACCGACGAUCCAGGUUCUAUUAGCCAAUUGUGAGUUUGUUGGAGCUCUUGAUUUAAUUGACACAACAAAUGAAAUCCUCAACCAGGAAUUGAAAGACGUAGUUUGCUUCCGGCACCUUGGUCAUCAGUUGAAAGAGAUCGAAAAUCUGAUUUUGCGAAUCCUUGAAACGGACUUUAAGAAGUACACGGCAGCAGACCUCAAUCGAGAACUCAAUUCAGGGCCUCAAAUUAAAGACCUUGACCAACUUCGGGCAGUCAUCUGCGGCCUUCUAAGAUUAGGCAAGGGCCCAGAAAUGGUUCGCUGGUACCAAGAAGAGGCUACGACGGCUUUGCAAGCGAUGGUCAAACAAACGCAGGUGGAGUUUGCAGCUGAAAUGACACACGAAGAUAUUAUUCGGCCCGAGCAACAGCUGGAGCACCUAGAAAUCUCCGAAUGGAUGACACUCCUUUAUAGGGCAUUUAACAACGUUGAGAAGCUCCUGCUCCGCAUUCGAGCGGUCUAUGAUCUUUGCCUGGAAAUUCUCGGAGCAGGACAACCAACGCAAACUCCUGGAAAUGAUGACGAAAAAAAGCAGCACAAUAAAAGCCCUCCACAUCAUGAAGAGGGGAAUGGCGCCUCUACGGCGGUCAUCGAAGACGGCGGGCAAUAUUUGCAGUCAAAGUCGAUAAUGCCAAAAAUUAUAGGCUUAAAUGGGUACCCCGCUGGUGGGUCGUUUUCAUCGUUGAAUGAAGAGGGUCGUAUUGAGGACAACCCUAAGAUGUCUCCAUCGCUAGCAAGAAUGAAGCAACUUAGUGCUAGCAGAAGUUCUAUCGCCAGCUCCCGCUGUUCUGAGGAAUUGUUGAGCGAAAGCGAGCGCGGCCGUAUCGAAGUGCAACUUUCGGAUAUGCUUCUUGAAGCGAGUAACGCGGCCCAUGAUGCUUGCGCAAAACUUGUCAGCGCCAAAAGUGAGGACGGUUCACUGGACAAAGUCGGAUCCUCUGAUUUUGUCGCCCUUUGUCAGGGCAUUGAAUCAUUCAGCACAAAAUGCGAAAAGGUGUGUAAAGGACGCAGGGGAACAGGACUUCGAUUAGCACUACAAUCGCGAGCUAACCGGUUUGUGACAGCGUAUCAUGACCAGCACAAGGAUACCUUGAUUCUUGUACUUGAAAAUGAGCCCUUUAAAGCAGUCAAAGUCCCGCAGAAUCUUCAAAAUAUGCUUACCAGUGCAAUCAUGUGUUCAUCGGGUAUUCUCCGGAUGGUGAAGUGCGACAGCAGGACAGACUCGACGGCAAUUGCGGACACGUUAUCUGUGAACGGCGAACACUUCGUGGUGUCCGGCUGCGCACUUCAUCUGCUUAAAUUACUGCUUGAGUACUGCCAGAGUUCCCUCGACAUUCCAAUGCUUGCAGCGGACUUAUUGACGCGACUCCUCGAUCUACUUCGGCAUUUUAACACUGCUACCUACAGGCUCGUGUUGGGUCCAGCAACAACUCGUAGUUUUUCCGGACCAACCAUAUCUAAACUAUUGAUAGCGUCACGUUCGCUAGAGUUGGUGGAACGUCUCAUCCCAUAUUUGCGUGGACAUUUUGAAAGAUCUCUGGCGAAGAAGCAGUUAUUUAUGGUGCGUCACUUUGCGCAAAUGGCUUCGGAUUUGCGCGAGCAUUCGGCACAAAUUGAAACUCGCGUGUUAUCUUUAGCUGCUGAAGCAGUCGAUGCCAAGCUUGCAGAAUGGGUGCUUAAAGCGCCCGUACCCUCGAACGCUUUCCGAGGGAUUACAUCGAUUGUGAUUGCAGUAAAUAAUUCGCUGAGCUCAACACUUCCCGAAGAUCGUGGAGUUGAGUUGCUCAAAAAAUGUCAUCAGAGCUUCCUUCCCGCGCUACGAAAGCACCUCCUCAGGCUCGGCGUUAAGCCUGACGGUGGGCCACAGCAUGGUAUGGUGAUUCAAGAGUUGACGUUCUACGCAGAAAUCUUGAAACGUAAUGGGGUUCCAUCGAUCGAAUUUGACGGUGUCUGGAGUAACCUCUACAGCUGAUCGGCGCCUGAAACAACCCCGUUGUUGCGGUGUAUUCACUAUCACAUUGUUUUGCUAAGGGUUUUCUCUUUAACCUGACACCAGGGUAACAUACGAGCUGACGAAUAACAUAUCGGUCGGAUAGAGCAGCAAAGCAACAGUGUUGGGAAGUGCAUUUUGAUAAUCUAGGUCGGCGAAAAAAACGUCGCAAAAAGAAAAAGCGAAGCAAAGUGAUGCUCUAAACGAACAUCGGACCCAUUUUUUAUGGUUGAUAUUGUGAAGAAUUUAGACAACAAAUGUAGUCACACGCUAUGAUAUAUCGAAUGUUUCAUCUACUGAUAGGCACCGUUUUCUUUAAAAGGGCACUAAUCGCAAAAUUAGUGCGUAACGGGGUAAAUUUCAUGCUCUUUUGCUGUAGGACAAGAGGUAUAUCCCAUUAGGAUGAAAAAUAAGCUAUUUACUAUUAUAAAAUAAGCUGAGGUUGGCUACUGUCACAUUGUACAUAUUGACUGUUCACAUAAUUGAUAUUGGGCCAGUGUUGGUUACUACUAUUACUGUUAUCGUCAACUUGAGGAGAGUAACAGUUCUAUUAUUACUGUCUGUAUUGUUACAAAAAUGGUAACGUAUUAGACGUCUACGCAGAGUAUUUAAUAUCUACACCAAUGUGGGUUAUGGAUACCAGAGAAAACCAGGUCUGAGCCAAAAAUAUUAAGGCAACACAGCGCGACAAAGGUAAAUGAUAUAGAUUGAGUCUAUUUCGGCUAUUUCUUUUAAUUGAUAUCCGCAGUACUUGAGGCACAUGCUUUAUCGGACGCCGGAUAGUAUUAGGGCGUUAUUAAAUUACUUAAUGAAGCCGACCUUCGUAACAGAAUCAUUUGCUGAUACAAAGACUAACUUUUGAGACUGACGUGCUCGUUGAAGGCUAGCGAAGAGUUUUUACGUAAAGUUCUCUGUGAAUCAGAAUGGUACUUGGUUAGAUAUAAUACCGAGACUGAGGGUUUGUUUUUCGUUAACUUUGGU